GGAUUUUUACGGAAGACGAAGUGAAGGCGAUUAAAACAGUGCGAUUGUAUGACAUCAUCGUCAAUGCCACUGAUAUCAAACCCGGAGACAUUCAGGAAGAGGUUUUCUUCUGGAUGGAAGGAGAUCCUUGCCCACAACCGGCUCAGCUCAACACCUCCAUGAUGGAACCUUGCAAAUAUCUUGGUGGCUACGAUUAUUUCCAUGGAAGCGAAGUAGCGUACAUUUAUUCGUGCAUUUUGCUUGCUGCCGUGCCUCUAAUUUGCGCUGGAGCGGGUUACGCUGUGGUCAAGUUGCAAAACUCGAGGCGCCGAAAGUUCAAGAUGCAGCAAGAAGAAAACAACAAUGGCAAGGCUGUCGACAAGAUGGUUGUCAAAGAAUGGCUUCAUCAAAACCACAAACGACAGGUGAAAAUAAAAUUUGGGCCGAACGACGCGUUCUACGUUGUCAAUCGGAAAGGCGACAAACUGAGGAGUAUCAAGCUUGGGAACGUCGAUUCAAUCGAGGCUCGUUGGGAAUGCGGAGAUGAUUCCGAGUCUCCUGGCGCGCGAUUAUUUUUAUGGGCUCGCGGACGGGGUGCAAAAUCGCGUGAUGAGGACUACCUGGCGUGCUCAUGGCUGGUUGUGGAUAACUAG